ACUACUACUACUACUACUACCACUCCAGUACCACCAACCACCACCACCGUACCUUCAACAACUCAAGAAGGUGGAAAUCCAGGAGCAGUGUCAGGACUUGAUGAAACUACAACAAUAAUUAUUAUUGUCGUCGCCGUAGCAGUCGUGGUUAUAAUCAUCGUCAUCAUCGUUGUGGUUCUUCUACUGAAAAAGAGAAAGGCCAAAGAUAAUGCAGAUGCAGAAAAAGCACAUGAGGUUGAAGACACUGGGCACACAAAUGUGAUUGGAAUGGAUAAUUUAAAGAAAGAUCAAGAUCCACGAAAUAAGAAUGUUGAGGGACUAAUAUAUGCUGAUUUAGCUCUUGAUGAUACACCAAGGAGUCGAAAACCUAUCCAGUUGUCAUCGGACAGUAACACGGAAUAUGCGGAGAUACGGCCGGGUCGAUCGUAGCAAAAUUAGUGCGAUGAAAAAGUAUUAAUAUGUCCAUCUUAUUCAGGUGCUACAAAAGUAGAUAUAGGUCUAGAAAUGUUUCACAGGUGACACAGUUAAGAGUGGAAGAGUCAAGAAGCUGUACUGGAUGGAUAUUAAAAUGAGGGGGUUGUUCCAAUGUGUUCCUUUGAUCCUCAGCUAGCCAAAAUAUCAGAGGAAAGUGAACACUCAAGGCACAAGGGAGCAACCCUCCUUUGCUAGUACAGGACACAUCUUGGUUCAUUUGUUACCUAAAUGUGUAUGUGUCAAAAACAUGACUGAGUCACUAAUGAUUUGAAACCGCCAAUUUGAUCUUUUUCUUUUAAUUGAUUAUAGUUAAAAUAUGAUGUCUCAUUCAAUGUUGAUACAUUGUGUGGCCAGUUUAUCCUUCCUCAGUUUUCACAAUCUAUUUAAAUUACAAAAAUCUGACUGGUUUCGAAUAUAUACUCGUACACAAGUAGCAUCCAGAUCCUGAUCAUAGUGUGGGCUGCUUGUAUUAUCAGUUGUUAUGACAUGUAUUAACACUUGCUAUGACAUGCAUAUUGGUAUAUGAUAUGAAAAGCCCCUUGGUUAUUCAUGAUGGUGUGUGUCUCACUGUAUAAUCAGGGUGUGGAUAUGUCCCAUGUACAAACAUUUCUACCUACAAGCAACUUUUAAUGCAUGAAUUCUCUUAUAACAUUUUAACGGCAUUGUAUUGUACAUACAUAUAUUAAGAAAAAAGAAUAGUCACAAGAAAGUAGAUUUUGUAAAGAC